UACGGUACGUACUUUUGACGAGGAAGRACAGUAACGUACAUGGGUGGCUACUGGUUGCGUUACGAGUAAAGUACGCACCGUACGUACGGUAUGAUACUCCGAGAGUUCGAGAAUAUUCAUUAAUACGUACUUAUAUUAUGUAAAAAGAUUAUGAUUACGAUCUUUGUUUUCAUGAAGACUCAUCACUCCUGGAAAGGGAACGAAGACAGCUCGGAAACCAAAUAUUUUUGAUCGCGAUGACCCCUCAAAUAACGCAAGCGCACGAUGUACUGUAUUUCGUCGAGACAUUGGACAGAAGACAAUACAAACAAACACAACUUAAUGCACKAAAACGAUGGUAAGAUCAUAAGGCAACGCACAAGAAUGGUGUCAUAUUUCAUCGGAUGUGUUUGGUUAUUGAGAGCAGUAGGAUGUUGCAGUGGUGCACUUUAUAUGCUGUUAUUUGUUUCAACGGGUCAUACAGUCUGUCUGUCUCGAUAUUGAUGAAAGYAUUGCGGCUUCUGCAAUGGAUAAGCAUUGAGUUUGAUAGAGACGACAGGAAAGCUCAUUGUGCGUUCUCGAGGUUGCUUAUUCAUUUUUGUCGAAGAUUUAUGUAUAGUUCUGUCGAUACUUCACUUAUAUGAGCGUAAACUGUGGGGACUACUGCAAUUGUCGCUUCCACGCACCGUUUAUUGUACGUCAUUGUUCUAACCAUUAUUUUCCACUGCUGUGACUCUCGUCAUUUCUCGGCUCCUGGAACAACGAUAUUUCAUGGCGUUCCACMUGAAAGGUCGUUUUGUCUGCUUCUGUUUGCACCAGACAGGGCAAAGCCCUUGUCUCUCGACAAUUUGUAGAAAUGAACCGUCUGCGUGUAGAAGGUCUUCUAGCUGCGUUUCCGAAGCUCAUUGGACAUGCUAAGCAGCACACAUAUGUCGAAACCGAUGUUGUUCGGUAUGUUUAUCAACCUCUCGAAAACAAUCUUUWCUUGCUGCUGAUUACUACCAAAGCCUCCAACAUUGUCGAAGACCUUGGCACAUUGAGACUUUUGGCGAAAGUUGUUCCAGACGUUGCAGGGGGAUUUCAAGAACAUGUUAUCAAUGAAAACGCAUUCGAACUUAUUUUUGCAUUUGACGAAGUGCUCACAGCAGGAGGAUACAAAGAGGACGUUUCCCUGUCUGCGAUUAGAACCAACCUACUCAUGGAUUCUCACGAAGAAAAAAUCGCAGUGGCGCUCCAGAAAUCCAAGCAAGAGGCUGCGAGAGCAGAAAUGCAAAAGAAGGCCAAGACUCUUCAAGAAGAAAGGAUGGCACAAAUGCGACAGGCGUUUGUCACCGGYCAAGCAACUUCAGGGCCAACUGGACGUAUGGAGGGCUUCGGAGGAGGAGGUGCGCCGUCUCAACAGUCGGGCAUUGGAAGUUUUAUGGAUCAAUUCCAACAACCGAACGAAGACAGCCAACAACAGGCAGUCCAGGAAGAAUACAACCCGUAUGCAGCACUCCAGCGGCCCAAGGCUCCGACAGCUGUUGCCCCCAAGGUCUUGGCGAAGUCUGGCAUGAAAUUAGGUGGAAUGGGGGGAGCGAAAAAGGACUCUCUWAUCUCAGCUAUGGCUGCCGAAGACAACUUGUUCGGAGGUGCCUCUAAGGCGGGUGGUCCAGAUUUCGGAUUUGGUAAAGCUGUGGCUCCGCCUGCUGCAGCCCCAUCCACUCCGCUCACUUUGUCAUUAGAAGAAAAGAUUACAGUUGCCAUGAAUCGCGAAGGAGCCGUCGAAUCUUGCGAUGUUAAGGGUAUUUUGAAUCUCACUGCCAACACUGACGCGGGUGCAGCUGCUGUCAUUGCCGUCAAUAAGGCACAACUACCAACAACUUUUAAUUUUGCGACACAUCCUAAGGUUGACAAGAAGGUAUACGAAAGACAAGGAGUKUUGUCACUUAAGGGAGGCAAAGGCUUUCCAGUUGGACGCGGUGUUGGUAUUCUUCGUUGGUCUACUGGAAGUGAUGAUGCGCCUCCAGUCAGUAUCAACUGUUGGCCGGAAGAAGAAGGAGGUGGAAGAAUCAUGGUGAACAUUGAAAUGGAGUUGACUCGAAUGGAUGUUGUUCUUCACGAUGUCAAUAUUCUUCUGCCACUAGGAACUCAGAAUCCUCCUUCUAUCGAAAGUAUAGAUGGACAAAUGAAACACGACCCUGCGGCAGGGAUGAUGUGUUGGCAUUUUGAUACGGUGGAUGCCAGUAACAGCACCGGAAGUCUGGAAUUCAGUGUUGAUGGAGAAAAUACAGAAGUAUUCUUCCCAAUUCAAGUUGGGUUCCGGUCCGAGACACUUCUCUGCCCAAUUGAAAUCACUGGAGUAACAAGCUCGGUGUCUGGAGCUCCCAUCCCCAACCAGAUGACAAAAAGUUUUGUCCCUGAAAGCUAUCAAGUGGCUUAAAAAUAUAUCAACGAUAGAAUAAUAAUUUCAUGGCAUCCUU